GUGUUUGACCAGUAGGUGGCAGUAAUGAGUCAACGAGCGGGUUUCCGAUAGAAACAACACAUCCCUGAAGAAGAGAGCAAACGAAACUUGUUAGCGUUUCGGAGGAGGGCGGAGGCCUGCAGGAAAAUCGACGAGCACAGCAAACUAUACGAUGAUGGGUGUCGGCCUCUGUCAGUGACACAUCGCUCAACCUGCAGCACAAAAGUACUUUAAAAGAUGAAGUACAAUUCUAAGAAUCUACGACACCGUCGUACAUAUGUGAAGUAGUUACGGACAUGCUAAGUACAUGUCCUCUAAGUUUUUAUUCGCAACAGGAGUGAAAGCCAAGCUGGGUUAGUCUUUUAUGAAAGAGAAAGGCUUCCUUGUGAUCACGGGCUCGAAGCCGACAGUUUUCUAGACCAUGGUAGAUAAUCGUUACGCCACAGCUCUGGUGAUCGGCUCGGUUCUGAGCCUGCUGGCCACCGUGUACCUGUCUGUCGCUGUGGGAACUCCGCACUGGUACCAGUACAACAGCCCUUCAGUUAAACACGAGGGCCGCAACGCCACGGAGCUCAGAGAGGACUUCAUCAAUGGGGACUUCGAUGAGAAGACUUAUAAUGAAACCAUGUUCCACCUGAACGGCACCCUGGGGCUGUGGUGGAGGUGUAUUCUGGUGCCCAGCAAGUCACACUGGUUCAAAGAGCCAGAUCCCAAACUGGAGACACAGUGCGUGAGCUUCACUCUUCCCCAGCAAUUUAUUCCAAAGUACAAAUACCUUGGAGACCAUGAAGAAGAUCUGCUGAGAACAUAUCUUUGGAGAUGUCAGUUUCUUCUCCCCCUGGUGUCUCUGGCCUUGGUUUUCCUCAGUGGCCUUGUCGGUGUCUGCGCCUGCUUGUGCCGGAGCUUCACCCCAACGUUGGGUGUGGGAGUGCUUCAUCUUCUUGCAGGUGUCUGUUCUCUGGGCACCGUCUGCUGUUUCUUGGCCGGCUUGGAUUUGCUCCACCAGUCCUUCGUACCACCCGAAGGGGUGGAGGGCUCAUUGGGCUGGUCCCUCUACCUCGCUCUUAUCUCCUUCCCUCUGCAGAUGAUGGCGGCUGCUUUGUUCUUGUGGGCGGCCAGGAGUCAUCGCAAAAACUACACCCGCAUGACUGCUUACAGAGUAGCCUAGAAAACAGGCCAAGGGAACAGCUCACAGUACCUUAACAGCCUGCUCGUCUGUGGUUUCAUUAAGAAACCGUCCUCAAACACAAGAAACAAUAACAUUAUCGAGUUGUAGCUGAAUAUCGGCUAAACCUGCAGAUAAUCAUGAAAGUGCUCAUGAAUAAGGAUUAAAGAACCUUUGAGUUAUCUACAUUAGUUAUUUAGUCUGUUUAACUUGUCUUUUACCAGAAGCUUGUUGUUAAUAUAUUUUAGCAGCCACAUGUUCUAUAUAAUUUGUCUGUUUCUGGUGUGAACUGUGUUGCUGUGCAGUACUUCGAUGCCUUCUAUUCAGUUGCCAGUGCUUGUAAAGCUGCUCACCACUGCCCUUAAAUCAAUUAACACAGACUAUCUUCUCAAAAUACACAAGUUAAUUGAAGUCAAACCAUCCUUCUCUCUAGUGCAUGGAAAUUAUUACAUAUUUGUGUUAUUUUGGAUUUUUGGAUUUUUUUUCACAUGUUUGCAUCCUCUUAAAUAUCAGGCCUUUGCUGUGUGCUGCAUGCCUUUUAAGCUGACAUUUGUGUCAUCUGUGGUAAAUGUUUAUUUCUGUUUGUGUUUUGACUAAAUGCCAGUAAAUGUCACUCACCUGUGUAACCACUCCUCCUCCCAUUGUCAUGUUUAUACAGCCAAUAUUUAUUUUUUCACUUUCAUUGAAUUAAGACCGAAUUGCUGCCACUUGGGCCAACCUGUGACUUCCUAGUAAUAUUUACAUUCUAAUCUUUCAGCCCCUAGCUCUACUACAGCACAUUUACUUUUGUAAGGAUAAGGUUUGUUUAUGUUCUGGAGCUCUUAGUGAAUUCAGGGGCGGGUUUAACAGCCAGAUCCAGGUUUUUUGCAUCGGUCUUUUCAGUGUUUGUCAGUGAUAUUUCAUGUGAGAUACUGUUAUUUUGAAUAACAACAACAAUUGAAUUAGCAAAAUCUUCAGAAUUUCUCUCAUAUUUACAUUUUUGUAUUCAUUUUGUGUCAAAAUCAAGAAGUGACUAUUUUGUUCAACUGUGUCUUGUUACACAUCUGAUGUGUAUACACUGUGUUUUAACCAUGAUGAAGCACAAUGUACUUGUUUCUAUAUGAAUAAAUUUGACAUUUACUGACCCCUCA